AUGCCAAUGGACUCGGUGUAUUCCAAUAUGGCGAGCCUUAUGAUCAACGAGAAGAAAGGACAUGAUGGGGAACUCACUGCAAGAAUGCGUUAUGGACCUUGGUUUCUCUGGCGAAUAUGGAAAGACAGAAACGAUCUCUGUUUUACAGGCAAACAUCUACAAGCCGAUCUCCUAGUUCAUCGAGCUCUUGGUGAUGCUAAAGAAUGGUUUGAUCAACUGAGGAAACCCAUCAGCACACAAGCAUCAGCUGCAACACCACAGUCACGUUGGAAACCACCUCCCAGCGGAUUCCUAAAAUGUAAUGUGGAUGCAUCAUGGGUGUUUGGGCAAAAUUUAACCGGUUCGCAAGUACAAUAA